CGGCUGCGCUUCAGACUCAGCGAGAGGAUCAUGGCGGAUGGCCCCAGGUGUAAGCGCAGAAAACAGGCGAACCCGAAGAGGAGCAGCGUGACAGACUUCAACAAUGGCUUGGAGGCCAGUUCAGACUCGGAUGAUGAGGACAAGCUACACAUUGUGGAGGAGGACAGCCUGCAGGAGCCUGAGGUCGCCAACGCUGACGGGACCAAAACGCAGGACAGCCAUGAAGACGCCACAACAGUAUUACCAUACAACGGCUCCGUGAACGGAGUGAAGGAGGAGUGUGUGUCAGAAGAGGAGGAGGAGGAGGCGGAGGCGGAGGCAGACACUCUGGUGGAUGAGAUCCUCCAGCAGGGAGACACAGCCAUCAUCUAUCCUGAAGCCCCUGAAGAUGAGCAGAGUCCAGCAGAGACAGGAGGUGCUGAUGAAAACGGCACGCCCGAUUCCUUCUCCCAGUUGCACACUUGCCCCUACUGCUCCCGGGGCUACAAGCGCAACGCCUCGCUGAAGGAGCAUAUCAAGUAUCGCCACGAGACCAGCGAGGACAACUACAGCUGCUCGCACUGCAGCUACACCUUCACCUACCGCUCGCAGCUGGAGAGACACAUGAGCCACCACAGGGGCAACAGGGAGCAGCGUCACGUUUCCCAGCUGACAGGUGGUUCAGGAGGAACAGGUGGAACCCGCAAAUUCAAGUGUACAGAAUGUUCCAAGGCCUUCAAAUACAAACACCACCUGAAGGAGCACCUGCGCAUUCAUAGUGGUGAGAAACCAUAUGAGUGCUCAAACUGCAAGAAGCGAUUCUCCCACUCAGGCUCCUACAGCUCCCACAUCAGCAGUAAGAAGUGUGUGGGUGCAGCAACCACCAAUGGCCUCCCUCGAACGUCGAUCAAAUCUCCCCCACCCACCACACAGACCACGCCGGUAGUAAUCGCUCCAGCCCGCAUGAUUCUUAAAGAGAAGACUGAAAGCAAGCCCCUCCAGGAGCAGCUCCCCGUGACCCAGAUCAAAUCUGAACCUGUGGAAUACGAGUGCAAGCCUGUGAUGGCAGCACCGGCGACUUCAGCCGGUACCAAUGGAGUGGUGAACGGAGGGACGGCACCGCCAGCUGUGGUUCCGGCUGCAACCCUUCCUCAGGGUGUGGCUAUGGUCGUACCAACGGUUGGCCUCAUGUCGCCCAUCAGCAUCAAUCUGAAUGACUUGCAGAAUGUGCUUAAAGUGGCGAUGGAUGGUAACGUGCUCAGGCAGGUGUUGGGUACAGCUAACGGGGUGGUAGCGCAGGGGAAGCAGGGAAUUGUAGUCCAGCAGCCCCAGCAGCAGAUCAUUAGUCUGCCGGCUUUUGUGGAUCACGACGGAACCACAAAGAUCAUCAUCAACUACAGCAUCAGCCCUGCAGCCGCCACCACUGCCACUUCCCAGCCUGCACCGCUUGUUGCCAAAAACAAUCCUGACCCAACUCCCACUGUCACCACUGCUGCAGCGCCCACCCCCACCAGGACGGAUAAACCCUCAACCCCAGAGGUGGCCGACCUCUCCCUUGUUAAGGCAGAGCCAGAAUCAGUGGACAUCACAGAUCCGGAGACAGAGGCGAAUGCACAGACGCAAACGGAAACGGUUAAAUCUUCAGCAGCCCCAAAAGCUCCGAUCCCAAGAGGCAACGGCACCAGUACAUGUUUACUAUGCGAUGACUGUCCAGACCACCUGGAGGCGUUACACCUCCUCCAGCACCGCAAAGCAGCUAAUGGGGAGGCCGUUGACUCUGCCGCUUUGGACCCCUCAUUCGCCGAUCUGCUAAGUGAGGCGGGGGUGACGCUGGAGGAGCCCCCUGUAGACGACCUCCUGUCACUCCUCAAGACCUACUUCGCCUCCAAUGCCAACCCCAGCGAGGUGGAGCUGGCAAAGAUCUCAGAGUCCGUCAGUAUUCCUGUGGAAGUGGUCCGAAAGUGGUUUGCCAAGAUGAACUCUGGGAAAAAUGUGCGCAAAAACCGCAAUGUUGCUACAGCGGUUUCCAAAAAGACUGAAACCGCCAAUUCAGAGGAUGCCUUGAAUCAGAAUGGAGAGGCAGAAGAAGACAGCUCCGAAGAAACAUCCAACAAAGCCUCGUCAGAAUCUGGUAGUGGUUCUCCGUCAGACUCUUCACCACUAAGCCUCAACACCGGGGACCUCGUCAUCGUUAAAAGCGAGCCAGAAGACCCAGACGCCCCAGACUCCCAGGCCGAGCCGCUUGACCUCUCUCUUCCUAAACAUAUCGCUGCAGCUCUGGAAAAGACCGCGCCUCCCGCCAAGCAGCAGGAGCAGCCCCUGAACCUGACCUGCCUGAGGAAGGAGCAGCUGGGGGGUCGUACCAUCUACGUCACCACGCCUCAGACCGGAAGACCUGUCAACAUCGUCACUACCGCACAGCUGCCCACGUUAGUGGCCAUCGCUGGUCAGGGCACGAUGGGCUGUCUCAGCGCCAUCAACACCACGACGAAGCGCACCAUCCUCAUCCCUCAGCUCACCUACACCUAUGCCACUACGGCCGGAAACGCCACUGGAGCAAAGACUGUCGUACUGAACGGCCAUAAGGAGAAGAGUGUGGACAGCAGCCCCGACAGCGUCUCCGUGGUGGAGGAGCAGCAUCGGGACUCACAUUCGCCCAUAGUGAUGAAGAAGCGGCGGGUGGAAAACGGCGUGUACCCAUGUGACCUUUGCUCCAAAGUCUUCCAGAAGGGCAGCUCCCUGCUCAGGCACAAAUAUGAACACACAGGAAAACGGCCCCACGAGUGCAACAUCUGCAAGAAGGCCUUCAAACACAAGCACCACCUGAUCGAGCACUCGAGGCUGCACUCCGGUGAGAAACCGUACCAGUGUGAUAAGUGUGGGAAGCGUUUCUCUCACUCCGGCUCAUACUCCCAGCACAUGAACCACCGCUACUCCUACUGCAAGAAGGACGGGCCGGUCUUUGGCUCCGCGUUGGGGUCAGGCAGGGCUCAGUCGGACAGUCGAACCACGGAGAGCGAGGAGGAGGAGGACGACGAGGCCAUGUGCAUGGAUGACAUCCGCGUCGUGCAGGUGGACGACGGCGAGUGCGAGAUCUACGAGGGGAACUUCGAGGACGACGAUGAUGACGAGGAGGACGAAGAAGAGAUCGAGGAGAAAAGCAUGGACACAGACAAGGUGGACAUCGUUUAUGAUGUGAUGGAAGUCGAGGUGAGGGACGAGCAUGCGGAGGUCGGAGAGGUUGAGAAAACAACUGAAGAAAAGGAGGAAGCGGCAAGUGCGGUUACGGAGGAAAAGGCAGACUGUGAAGCAAACACGGACAAAGGCAUCAGGGAGGGGUCAGAGAGCGCCGAGCCCACAGAAGAAGCGGUGACAGAUGCCAAAUAAAGGAUGGAAAAUCUCUUCCGGGACAGCUCAAAUGCCUCGGUUACUAGAGUCAAGUCAAUUAAGACAAAACCGCAGAAAAGUCAAGAAAGUCACGGCGGUUGCCUGCUCUUAACGGUCCACUACUGUGUACAAAAACCCAGGUGUGCCUGAACUUGAAAAAAGAAAAAUCAAAACAAAACAGUGACUUUUUUUUUUCUUGUGGAAAUGAAAUAUCAGUGUUAAAAAUUGUUUAUAGAAGUACAGAUUUUAAAGCAAACUCCCAUCAACUUGUUAGACUUGUUACUGAGACAUCCCAGGUUGUUUUAUUGUUUGUUUUCAUUUGGUCAGUGUUACUAAUCUUGUUCUUGUUUGAAAACAUUUUAACCUGUAAAGAUGAGAAAGAUUUCUAUACCUUUUUAUUGCCAAUGAAUUUUCCUAAAUCAGUAUUUUAUUGAGUUCUACGAACAAAAACCUCUGCACUACAGUAUUCCUGGUUUACCUAUGGAUACAUGCCUCAUGCAUCGUAUGCCCUUCAGUGUUAUAUACGUACACUAGCUAGCAAGAUGUUGUUUGUGUUAGUCUUAGUCUUCGCUAGCUAGCAUUACUUUUGUUUUCAGUUUGACUGUUAGCCUUAAGGAAAACAAAGUAUUCUUGGGGAGGGUUGUGGGCGGGAUGGGGAGUCUGGGAUGAGAAAGUGGCUUCUGAACGCCAUAACCAAAUUAGUCCUAUCAGGGAAGGUGGAGUCACAACCUUAAAGCCAGCAUCAGGCGCCUGUGUUUCGCAACCUGGCGGAGCCCGUACGGGAGGAGACUGCCCCUCGCUCGGCUCAGCUGUGGCUCCAAAAACACAGGCGCCCAUUCUUACCAAGCUUCUCCUUAUUUUGGUUCUGAGUCAGUGUUUCAGUGUUACUAGCUUAUAUAUGAAGUCAUACUGUACGUGAAGGAACAGGGCUGUUCCCUGCUCCGCCCCGAUGCCUCCAGCCUUAUGCAAGACCUGUGUGCUGUUAAAAGUGCCAUUGAACAGUGUUAUUGUUUCUUUUUCACACAUGUAGCCAGUAUUAUGUCCCGUAUUAUGUUACUUACACAAGACCCAUAUUGACUAAUGUUUGUCGACUUGCACAGAACAGCUCAUUUGUUACAAUUUCUCAAAGACUAAGAUUAAUUCGAAUAUUUUGAAGGCUUAUGAAAGUAUUUGGACCACAUGUGAAAGCUGGGGGAACUCAGUAUUAGGUCUUUAACUAUUUUCGUUGUUAUUCAGCAAUUUUUGAUUCAUCGAUUAAUUGUUAAUGCCAGAAAAUUAGUGUUAAAGGCUGGAUAUCAUUUUCCCAGAGGCCAAGAAUUUAAAUAUCUCAUGCCUGAACAGAAAUCUAAAACUGAAAUAUAUUCAGUUUACAAUUGUAAAAAAAAAAGAAUAGAAAGUCAAAUGAAUGUUGGAAGGAAUGUGCUUGAAAAAUGACAUUAGUUAUCAACGAAGGUGCUGCUUGUUGUUGCAGCUCAACAAACUAAUCACUUACAGUGCAUAUUUAUAAAUUAUAUAUGCCUUUGGUCCUGAUAAUUAUAGUUGCAUAUUUUAGACUUUUUUAAAGAUAUUUACUGUUGAGGAAUACUUUUCAGUUGUCUGAGUUGCUCAACAGUGCCCAAAAUCUUUAAAUUGUAGUUCACGAAUUAUAGUCUAAAGUGAAAAAAAAAAAAGUCUUUAAGUAUAGAAAUGUGUGGGAAUCAUUGAGAAGUCCCGACUGAGCUAACCUGUGGAUAUAAAAUGCCUUGUAAACUUGAGAAAAGUCAAUUUCUCGUUGAUGUUACUGUUUUGUUUAAAAUGCGAGUUAAUAUGUUGGACUUUACGUCACAAGUCAAAAGUCAGAGUUUUUGAAAAUGUUUACAUAAGUGCUUAAAGACAGAAAACUUUCCCUUUCUGCAGAUUCAAAUCUUCAAAAAUAAAUGCAGGGAAUGUGGUUCAACUCCAGCCUGACACUCAAAGAAAUAAAAAAUAUACAAAAACAAGAUUUCAAGUAAAAUUGAGACAGUAAAAUUAUGAAUUUAGCCAAACUUGUGCACUUAUUUUCAGAUAGAUACAAUUUUAAAAAGCUGUCGGGCACUUCAGGUAACAAACGUUAGUGAAUGUGGUCUCAGUCAAAGUGUUUCAGUUGGUUUUACCGAACAGUGUUUAUAUUAGUCUGUUUAAAUUUUGUUCUCAUGUGUGUCCUCUGUAUGUUUUUUCAACAAUGGCAGUAUUAGAACCCUUUUCACAGAUUAAAAAAAUGUACCUGUUUAGUUUUUAGAAGACUUUUUUAUAUUUAUGUGUCUUAUUUUUAUAUUUUCUUUUAAUGGUUAUUUAUUACACAUUGUAGUGUACAUUACUGUAGUUUGAAUUGAUACAAUAAUAUAUUUUAGUAUGAAAAAUAAUCUCAAGACAAACAAAAAAAACCCAAAAUGUGGUUCUGGGAGCUGAAGUUUGUUUUAACAAAAACACAUAAAAAGAUAAAACAUGUAUUCUGUAAACAUGACUUCUGUUUUAAGCUAAAAAAGAAAAGAAAAAAAAGACAGGAAUGAAGUGAGAAAUAGAAACUGUUACAUGUGCAUCCGCUCUUUGCGUCGUUAUGAAGCUACUGAAUUCUAAAACUCUGUGAUUUUAAAAGCAUGAGUCGUCGCCGUUUUAAUGAAGGAUCUUGUUAUGAAGCCUCCCUUUUUGUUUCGAAGCCAAACUUAGAUCGUCCCGCCACCCUGUUUUCUGUUCUGUGCCAACUUGUUCCAUUGUACUGUCGAAGGCUGCAUAUCCUUUGUCCUGUCCUCACCCUUUGUAAAUCCACUGUCUUUUUGUAUUGUUUUUAUUUUAGUUUUUUGCUCCAUUUUUAUGACUCCCCAUCACAAUAAAAAUAUAAGACAGCA